CGCCGUUCAGUCGUUGGGUGUCCGUUGAGGAGGUAGUGCGCUUCUCUUGUGGCGCAGGUUUGAAGCAAGAACUUGCGGCUCGCGACGAAACUGGUCAGCGGCGGAGGAGGACGGAAGCGCGGCUGUCGGACUGAGAAUCAAGCGGCCAUCCGCGCUGGAAAUAUAGGUGGCCUGGCGUCGUCACUGAAGGAAAUCGCGGCGUCCGGCAGGCGAGGGGAGGCCGGCCACGACACAAUGACCGCCUGCCUAGGCAGAACGUGGGAGCACGGCUACAACCACCUCGCCGACAGCUGCAACAGCCUGGACGCCAAUGGCAGCGACGAUGAGGCGACGGACCUGGUCGUCUACAAUGAGGACGGCACGUGCAAAAUGCUCACCGUCGCCGAGGGCCUGCGCACGUGCGACCUGUGCGAGCUGCUCACGCUCAAGAACCACGUGGCCAAGAACGUCAACUGGUCGCUGGUGGAGCGCUGGCAGAGCCCGGCCAUCGAGAGGACGGUUGAGGACCACGAGGACGUGCUGAACACCUAUCGCUCGAUGAGGAUGGCGCACAGCAGCUCGUCAUUCUACUUCAAGAAAGACUUCGCCAAGUACGAGUUUUUCCAUAAUCCCCAGGAAAAGGAACACGACGGAAUUCCGUCCCGUUGGCUCAGAUGGGUAGAACGUCUGCCUUCUGGUUCAUCCGCCCGUGGCGGGCAAUUUUUCCCGGACAACAUGAUCGAGCUGCCGAACGGCAAGAGCUCGCCCAGCACCACGAGUUUGGCCCGGAUCAUCGCGCUGCAGAACCUGCUGACGACGUCGGCUCCGACGCCGCAGGUGUUCGGCUGGCUCUGGUUGGCCGGCCCCGAGUCGCGCGUCUGGCGGCGCGCCUACUUCUGGCUGCGUCACGACUGUCUCUACUACACCAUGGAGGCCAUGGACGACUCUCCGGUGCGUGACCCGGAGAAGUUCGCCGUGUUCGCGCACCUGCAGAACUAUGCCGUGUACGGGUGCUCGGACGCCCGGCGUGACUUUAAGGCGCCCUGCGACGAGGCCGUCAUCUUGCGCACGGGUCAGCAGCUGCGCUGCCUCGCCUGCGACGAUCUGGCCACGCGCCGCUGUUGGCAGACCGCGCUGCGUGUCGCCAAGUACGGCAAGCAGCUGCACGAGAACUACAACUUCCAGCGGAUACAGCACGAGAACGAGCAGAGCAGCAGCCCUCGCGAACGCUACUGCUACUCCACCAGCCCCAAGAUGCCGAUCCCCCGCUCCCGCACGCUCUCCAACGCUGGACUACAGGGCGGCGGCGGCGGUGGCGGCGCUGGCGGCGGCGGCGGCAGCCUGCCGCGUGCCUCGUCCGUCCGGCCGGCCGAGUACGACUCGGUGCGCGUGCCCAACGUGAGUCAGUCUGGGCCGCACCCGAGUCGUCUCGGCUCGAGUCAGUGUCAGCAGAGCAUGCGUUCGCUGGUGGCCAUGGACUUCACGGGCAGCUGCGGCCGCGUGGUCAGUGACCCGGUCGAGGCCAAGGCUAUCGAGCUGGCGGAGGGACACCACUUGCGGCGCACCAACGCCCUCAAGCGGCUCUCAGAGCUGGCCUCCGGCUCAUCGGUGCGUGACAUAGAGGGCGCCAUCCAUACCAUGCAGCCCUGGUUCCACGGCACGCUCAACCGAGAGGAGGCUUCGCAGCUGCUCCAUAAGCACAACGGCCGGGACGGUGUGUUCCUGGUUCGUGAGAGUCGCAGCAACCCAGUGGCGUUUGUGUUGUCGUUCGCGUACCGGAUGAAGCUCUACCACGCCCAGAUCAUGCCGGUGAAGGACACGAGUCAGACGCCGCCCACCUGUUACUACUCGCUGGACGGCGGCAAGACGCGCUUCUACGACCUGCUGCAGCUGGUCGAGUUCUACCAGCUGAACUCGGGAGUCCUGCCGACGCGGCUCGUCUUCUUCAUCACACACGCCACGCCGGCGGCCUCGGCGCUCCGACACGUGGCGCAGAGCUUUUAACGCUCGCGCGGCGCACGGCCCGACGCGUGGCGCCCCCUCGUGACGUAGUCGCCGACCAUUGACGCGGUUCUAGUUACUCGCCGACGCGGCGGCGGCCGCUAAGAGUGGCCCGGCCGCCGCGCCGGCCGCUGGGAGCGUCGCUUGCUGCCAGUGCACCACUGCAAUAUGUCACCCGCCAGCCUGUCCCGCCCCGGCGCCGGCUGGCACGGUGGCCCCGGCGCGCCUGAUGCGUACAUGUAGCCUAGAUCGGACCAAAGAAUGUGGCCUGGCCCGACCGGUGUGACUGGGGAUUGUCUUGGGGCCUGCCGCCCGGCGGUUGGUCCCUGGCACUCUUGUAUUUUGUACAGACGGCGCGCACCCCGUGUGUUGGUGAGAGGCGGGGAUGCCCUCAGAGCACGUGUGAAGGAGAUCCUCCGUGUGGAUCGUGUACAGUGUACAUACAGUUGGGUGUGGCAGUGUGCGGGUGCGCGUGCUCGGGACGCUGGUGGCCGUGCUGGCCCCAGGUCCCGAUUGUGACCCGGCGUCAGGAUUACAGGGUCGGUAGUGUGGCGGGCGGGCGAGCGGGCGGCGGGACGCCGAGCCUACCACCUGGCGGUGCGUCGCCGCCAUCGCCCUUUCUCUUCUAGUCACUGGGUGGCGGCACGCGGCCGUUUGUACCGCGCGUGUUUUUGAGUGUUUUUUUCUGGGGGGGGGGGGGGGGGGGAGACGCUAUGAGAGACGGAGACAGACGUAAUUACCGUAAUAACCUGUGGUUGAUGUUUCAAACAUUGUGCCCCAACUUAGGCAGCGCCCAUGGCGAUGCCAAGAGACAAAGGGGGAGAUAAUUCCAAUAAUUGAGUCGCAGUGGGAGUCGUUGACCUGGCUGCCUGGCAGCGUGCGCGUGUGGCGCGGGCAGCUGCACUACAGCUGUGGAGGCGGGCGGGCAGUAGUACUGCAGCCCGGGCCUUGCAGUGGUGUCGUGUCCCAUGCCACGGGUUCCGGCCCGGCCGGCCUCGUCGGCCCGGUCGGUGUCCCUCGGCAGGGGGCAGGGCAGGGGUGACUGAAGGUCGCCUUCCGAUCUCAUUGGCCGCUCUGCAGCCGCGGCGCAGUAUUCAGUUCGUGUAGAGGACUUGGUCGGGGCUGUCCCCGUACGUUUCUCCAGUCUCUCGUCAGAUAUGUUGCUGACAAACUGCUGUGUAAUCUCUCUGAACUGCUGUGUAAUCUCUCGAUCAAGUUCAGCGUUGCCCAAUGCGAUUGCGUUUUUGUGCUGCUGGGUUUAGUAUGUGUCCUUUCUUAUUGUUACCUUCUUAUUUUAUUGUUUCCAGUCAUGAGUCUGGCAGUACCCGCAUAAAAAUACAAGCUUUGCAAACAA